CUCUCUCUCUCUCUCUUCGCCGUCUCUGUCACUCCCCUCCCUCCUCCUCCUCUUCCUCCUCCUCCUCCUCUCUCUCUCUCUCUCUCUAAAGAUUCAGUCCUCAAAUUCACCUCCUCGACUCAACCUCGGGUUCCGUUUUCAUCGAUGGACUCACUCCAUCCCUAAUCCACCUCCCUUCAAUGUCUCUCGUGAUCGAAGGCGUACACCAACAACAACAAGGCCUCGAUCGCCUCUCCUCCAAGCGCAAGUUGGACGACUAUGGCUCCACCGACGACGACGACGACGACGACGACCAAGACUUCUUCCCGUCCGACCUAAUCUCCGUCAGGAUGCGCAAGGACGAACCCUACGCCGUCAACUCCACGUCAUCGGCCAAUCACGUCAUCACUCCACCUCACCACUUCGAACCUAGGGUUUCCUACGCCGAAUCGCCACUCCAAUUCUUCGUCAGGAUGAUCUCCGAAGGCACCCUAGUCCUACACGCCAACUCCAAAGACACCGUCAAGUCGAUCCACGAACGGAUUCAAUCGGUUACGGGGAUACCGGUAAUCGAGCAGCGUUUGAUUUACCGGGGUAAGCAGCUCCAGUGGGAGAAAACCCUGGGCGAGUGCUCGGUCCAGAACGAUGCCGAACUCCAAUUGGUUGGGCGAAUGCGUAGCACUCAUCACCCGCAAGCUUGGCAGGUAAUCGACGAAACCGUUUCGUUAAUUUGCCGGCUGUGUAAGGGUCAAGGCUUGCUUUCUGUAGAGCAGGUCAAGUCUAGGAUAACGGAGUUUUUAAACAUGACGCCUAGGAACGACAGCGAAAAGGCUGUCAAGCAUUUCCAGGUGUUUUUGUCUGCGAGCGUGCCGGCUGUGCUGGUUAUGCUGUAUAUGUCGCCGUACGAGGGUAAUAAGGACUGUGCUGAGGAAUUGAUUCGGCAGUUUGUCGAUUCGAGUGAGAAUGGGUUGCCGAAAAAUGUACACUCGCUCUGUGCACCUGUGGUGUUGGAGUUUUGUAAGUUACUUGGUAGAGCUGCGGAUAAUGAUCCUUUGUAUUCCUUGUGUAGGAGUAGUCUUGGGUCAAUGGUGGAAUGCAUUGGGAUUGGUCGGGGGUCGAAUAACGGUAAGAGCAGUGAGGAGGAGGCAUUGAUUGUUGUGCAAGAGAUUUACCCGUUUGUUUUAGAGCUUGCAGCUAAGUUGUCUAAGGAUCUGGUGUCAAGUAUGGAAUCAUCAACGAGUUCGGGGCCAUUGGCGAGUGAUGUCCGUGAUUUCACAGCAUUCUUGGCCCCCCUGCGUACUGCAAUUAAGGAGCAGGUGGGUUUUCGGCAUUCAGUAUUGAGUCCUGGUGAAGGUGACUAUAGCCUUCCCUGUUACGGUGAAGAGAGUAAGUUUCUUCAUGCUAUUUUUACAGACUUAUUUGGAAAAGUGGAAACGUGUCUGGUGAAAAUGGAGGAGUUCUUGGUUAUGAAAGAGAAAGGGGAAGUUGAAUCCAUUGGUCAAAGAUGGUGCCAGUGUCUUGCUAUUUUGAAGGAAUUGAAUAGUAUCUCGGAACUUUAUGAAGAUACGAAAGAACAGUUCUGGACAAAUUUGAGGCAUAGAAAAGUUUCCAUGUGUUAUCUCAUUGUUAGAUAUGCCAAGAGAACUGAGGAUCACGAAUGGCUUCUUCAGCACAAGGAUGUGACAGAUUUUGAAUCUAGGAGGCAUUUAGCUUUGAUGAUGCUUCCCGAAGUGAAGGAUGAGUACGACGAGCUUCAUGAGAUGCUGAUUGAUAGGUCACAACUGUUGACAGAAUCAUUUGAGUACAUUGCACAUGCAGACCCUGAGACGUUACGUAGUGGUUUAUUCAUGGAGUUCAAAAACGAAGAAGCUACAGGGCCUGGUGUAUUGCGAGAGUGGUUUUUCUUGGUAUGCCAAGCAAUAUUCAAUCCACAGAAUGCCCUUUUCGCAGCUUGCCCAAAUGAUCGGAGAAGAUUUUUCCCCAAUCCUGCAUCCAAGGUAGAUCCCAUGCACCUCGAAUAUUUUAGGUUCUCUGGCAGGGUAAUUGCCCUAGCCUUGAUGCAUAAGGUGCAAGUUGGCAUCGUCUUCGAUCGUGUGUUCUUUUUGCAAUUGGCUGGAGAGUCAGUUUCUUUGGAAGACAUUCAUGAUGCAGAUCCAUGCUUGUACAAUAGUUGCAAGAAGCUUUUGGAGAUGGAUGCUGAGAUGGUAGAUUCUGAUGCCCUGGGACUGACAUUUGUUCAAGAAGUCGAAGAGUUAGGAAGCAGGAAAAUUGUGGAGCUUUGCCCUGGUGGGAGAACCCUUGCUGUAAAUAGCCAAAAUAGGUACGAGUAUGUUUCUCUUCUGAUUCAGCAUCGAUUUGUAACAUCGAUUCUUGAUCAGGUAGCCCUUUUUGCUCAAGGGUUUUCUGAUAUUCUUUGCAACGUGAGGCUCCGGAAAUUAUUUUUCCAAAGUUUAGUGCUAGAAGAUCUGGAUUGGAUGCUGCAUGGGAGUGAAAGUCCUAUUUCAGUUGAGGACUGGAAGGCGCAUACCGAAUAUAAUGGCUACAAAGACACUGAUCCACAGAUACUCUGGUUCUGGAAGAUUGUCGAGGAAAUGUCAGCAGAGCAGAAAAAGGUCCUCCUCUUUUUCUGGACUUCAGUUAAAUACCUACCGAUAGAGGGUUUUGGUGGUUUGGCUUCUCGACUACACAUAUACAGAUCUGCCGAGUCCUAUAAUCGCCUCCCUUCGUCUCACACGUGCUUUUAUCGACUUUGUUUCCCACCAUAUCCAUCUAUGGUGGUUAUGGAAGAUCGUCUUCGUGUUAUAACCCAGGAACAUGUUGGCUGCAGCUUUGGUACUUGGUAAAGUAUGGACAAGAUCAACAAUUUUUGGACAAAAAAGAUUUAAAAAAAAGAAGAUAAAAGGGUAAACUGAUGGUUGCACAUAAAACAUUUGUAUGCAGCUUGUGUACAAAGUAUAGGCUAGUGUCAGCUGUGUUGUUAUUUAUUGUAAUAUGUAAGAAUUUGCUGUCAGUAUCUUGUUUCUCAUAUGAUAUUUGUAAUUUCUCAUCUCUUUUCCUCCUUGACUGUUUGUUGGGUAUAGUUUAAAUAGAAAAGCUGAGGAGGGGGAAAAGUUCCCCUGCUUUGAUGGGCC